AGACUGAUGAUGUGGUGAAGAGAUUGCUGUCAUUAGAAAUGGCAAGUAACAAGGAGAAGUUAAGAGUUAAGAUGGAACAGCUUGCGGACAAAGUCAGAAGAAGUCCAGUUGAUUGUGGUUCAUUUGAAGUACAAAUUGCCAGAUUGACAGCAAAGAUUAGAAAUUUGCAAGAGCAUUCUCAGAACCAUCCAAAGGAUAAAGUGAACAAAAGAAAUAUGCUAAUGGCAAUUGACCGACGGAAGAAAUUGCUCAAGUACUUGCGUUGCACACGAUAUGAUAUUUUUGAGAAUGUCUGCAAACAGCUUGGUAUCCAGUACACAUUUCCUCCAGAGUACUACAGGAGGGUGACUCGGAGAUGGUUAGCUAAGAAGGCCCUUUGCAUAAAGAUAUACAAUGAAGUAAGGAAACGGCGAGCUGCUGAGAGACAGAAGCAAAACAAUUUGACAUCCUCAAGUAUCACAAAACUAGAAGUUCCUACAGAUCCUAAAAAAGAAGGAACACCUGUCUAAAAAGUACAUAUAUUAAAAGCAGUAUCGUUGUCAUAUUUGCUUAACGUGUAUUUUAGGGAACAAAUAAAUAUUUGGUUUGCAUUG